AUGGGCUUGUUUUGCUUUGACAGUUUGCACAAUGCCACAAAGAAAAUGCUCUUCUCCGACGCCCUAGCCGCCGUAUCACCACAACAACUCUGCAUUGCUACAAGAGCACCUGGCGUCGUUUUGGUUUUUGAAGAAUCAACUCAGUCGAGAAUGCCUUCCGACACUCCCAACAAAGGCUCUACCAACGACGAGGAGUGGGUUCCGGUGGAAGCUGGCGGCGCAGAUGAUUCCUGGGUGGACGUUGACGAGAAGGUCCCUAACGACACUGGUCGCGGCGCCUCCGACGUCUCCAAAGGAACUUCCAGCCCCAACCAAACCAGAAUCGUGCUUCAAGUCAUUAAGAAGUUCUACAAGGAGGAGAGUAAGGAGGCGUUUCUCUGGAGAAUGGCAAACACGAAGAAGUAG